CAUAUCUAUUUGGAAUAGAUUUGAGGUCGAACAGUUCUGCACAUUUGCCAUUUCUUAGGCGAACACCCUGUUUUUUUUUUUCUUUUUCCUGCGAUGGAAGUUCUUCUGAUCGGAAUGAGAUAGAUUCAUGAGGUUUUAGACGAUUUUGAAAACAGAAAAAGAAAUUAGAAGCAUUGGUGAAUCGAAUUGCGAACCAACAGAACAGAAAAGUUGAGCGGAGGACAAACAGAGAGCAUUGCAAUCAAGCAGAGUCGAAGGGAUCAAUCGAACAAUCAUGGCGGAUUCGUCGGGGACGACGCUAAUGGAUCUGAUUACCGCCGAUCCAUCAAAAGCGUCGUCGGGAUCGUCCUCCACAAACGCUGCAUUGGCCGCGCCAUCAACGAUUAGUUCAUCUUCAAUUUCCGCCUCAAGUGCUCUGCCCUCUACACUGGGGAGGCCGGCGGGGGAGAAGAGGUCUAAGAGGGCGGCACUGAUGCAGAUCCAGAAUGACACAAUUUCUGCUGCUAAAGCCGCUUUGAAUCCUGUGAGGACCAACAUGAUGCCGCAGAGGCUGAGCAAGAAGAAGCCUGUUUCUUAUGCCCAAUUAGCUAGGAGUAUCCAUGAACUCGCUGCUACUUCGGAUCAGAAAAGCUCCCAGAAGCAGUUAGUUCAUCAUGUAUUCCCAAAACUUGCCGUCUACAAUUCAGUUGAUCCUUCGUUGGCACCUUCUCUGCUCAUGUUAAAUCAGCAGUGUGAAGAUAGGAGUGUGCUCCGUUACGUAUACUAUUAUUUAGCCAGAAUUUUAUCAGAUACUAGUGCACAAGGUGUAAGUACAGGUGGUGGGAUUCCAACACCUAACUGGGAUGCUUUAGCUGAUAUUGAUGCAGUCGGGGGGGUGACUCGAGCUGAUGUUGUACCCGGAAUAGUUAAUCAGCUUGUAACUGAGGCCUCUAAUCCUGAUGUUGAAUUUCAUGCUAGAAGACUACAAGCACUAAAGGCUUUAACCUAUGCUCCUUCAAGCAGCUCUGAGAUUUUGUCCCAACUAUAUGAAAUUGUUUUUUCAAUCCUUGAUAAGGUCGCCGAUGCUCCUUACAAACGCAAGAAAGGGGUACUUGGGAUUAAAGGUGGAGAUAAGGAGUAUGUGAUGAGGAGCAAUUUGCAACAAGCGGCGCUUAGUGCAUUGAGAAGACUUCCCCUUGAUCCUGGAAAUCCUGUAUUUCUGCAUCGUGCCGUACAGGGAGUGUCAUUUACUGAUCCAAUUGCUGUGAGACAUGCAUUGGAAAUGCUUUCGGAGCUAGCUGCAAGAGAUCCUUAUGCAGUUGCAAUGUCACUAGGAAAACUUGUACAACAUGGAGGAGCAUUACUGGAUGUUCUCCAUUUGCAUGAUGUUCUUGCCAGAGUUUCGCUAGCACGGUUGUGUCAUUCAGUAUCGAGAGCUCGAGCAUUGGAUGAGCGGCCAGAUAUUAAGUCGCAGUUCAACUCGGUGCUUUAUCAGCUUCUUCUUGAUCCCAGUGAAAGAGUCUGUUUUGAGGCAAUAUUAUGUGUACUAGGAAAAUCAGACAACUCGGAUAGGACUGAAGAGCGAGCUGCUGGUUGGUAUCGUCUGACAAGGGAGUUUCUCAAGCUGCCACAAGCGCCGUCGAAGGGAGCUUUCAGAAAUAAAUCUCAGAAGACAAGACGUCCUCAACCUCUCAUCAAACUUGUAAUGAGAAGGUUAGAAAGUUCGUUUCGUAGUUUCUCAAGGCCUGUUCUUCAUACAGCGGCACGAGUCGUACAAGAGAUGGGAAGAAGUCGGGCUGCUGCAUUUUCCUUAGGCCUACAGGAUAUGGAUGAAGGAGCUUUUGUUAAUUCAUUUUAUGAGGGAGCUGAACAGGAUUCUGAUGCUAAAGGAAACUCACAUUCUGAAAAUAUACGGAGAUCUGCUUCAGUGGCGAAUGGACGGGGAGAGAAAGAUACGAUUGCUAGUCUGCUGGCUUCGUUAAUGGAAGUAGUACGAACAACAGUAGCAUGUGAAUGUGUCUAUGUUCGAGCCAUGAUAAUGAAGGCCUUGAUAUGGAUGCAAAGUCCCCAUGAUUCAUUUGAUGAACUUGAAUCCAUGAUUGCAUCAGAGCUUUCUGACCCAGCCUGGCCAGCAGCAUUGUUAAAUGAUAUUUUACUUACUUUGCACGCUCGAUUUAAGGCAACACCCGAUAUGGCUGUCACUCUUCUUCAAAUCGCUCGAGUUUUUGCAACUAAAGUUCCCGGGAAAAUUGAUGCAGAUGUCUUGCAACUACUAUGGAAAACGUGCCUUAUUGGAGCUGGUUCUGACUGGAAGCACACAGCUUUGGAAGCAGUAACCUUAGUUCUAGAUCUUCCUCCACCACAACCUGGCUCUAUGACAUCGAUUACUUCAGUCGACCGUGUUUCAGCUUCUGAUCCUAAGUCAGCACUGGCUUUGCAGCGAUUGGUGCAAGCUGCUGUGUGGUUUCUUGGAGAGAAUGCAAAUUAUGCUGCAUCUGAGUAUGCUUGGGAAUCAGCAACCCCGCCUGGUACAGCAUUGAUGAUGUUAGAUGCAGAUAAAAUGGUUGCUGCUGCUGGCUCUCGCAAUCCUACGCUUGCUGGUGCGUUGACUCGUCUUCAAAGGAGUGCCUUCAGUGGAAGCUGGGAGGUUCGUCUAAUUGCUGCUCAAGCUCUUACAACAGUGGCCAUCAGGUCCGGUGAGCCAUAUAGGCUGCAGAUUUAUGACUUCUUACAUUCUUUAGCCCAAGGUGGUCUACAGUCUCAAUUUUCAGAGAUGCAUCUUAGCAAUGGUGAGGAUCAAGGAGCCAGUGGUACUGGCCUCGGAGUUUUAAUUAGUCCAAUGAUUAAAGUGCUCGACGAAAUGUAUCAAGCUCAAGACGAUUUGAUAAAAGAUAUUCGCUAUCAUGACAACACUAAGAAAAAAUGGACGGAUGAGGAUCUUAAGAAGCUAUAUAAAACCCAUGAAAGAUUGUUGGAUCUUGUUUCACUAUUUUGCUAUGUUCCUAGAGCGAAGUACCUACCUUUGGGGCCAAUAAGUGCAAAGCUGAUUGACAUCUAUAGGACAGAACACAAUAUAAGUGCAUCAACUGGUUUGAGUGAUCCAGCCGUUGCUACUGGCAUUUCUGAUCUUAUUUAUGAAUCAAAACCUGCAACCAAUGAGCCAGAUGCUCUUGAUGACGACCUAGUGAAUGCUUGGGCAGCCAAUCUUGGUGACGAUGGGCUGCUAGGAAGCAGUGCACCAGCAAUGAGCAGAGUUAAUGAAUUUCUUGCUGGUGCUGGAACCGAUGCGCCUGACGUCGAUGAAGAGAAUAUCGUCUCUCGGCCAUCGGUUAGUUAUGAUGACAUGUGGGCAAAAACUCUCUUAGAGAGUUCGGAACUAGAGGAAGAUGAUGCACGGUCGUCUGGAACGUCCUCUCCUGAGUCGACAGGCUCAGUUGAAACUUCCAUAUCUUCUCACUUUGGUGGAAUGAACUAUCCUUCAUUGUUUAGUUCACGACCUUCCUAUGGCGGUAUCCAAACUUCGGAAAGAUCAGGAGCAAGCAGGUUUAGUAAUCCAACAAUACACGAGGGUUUAAAUUCUCCGAUCAGGGAAGAUCCCCUUCCAUAUUCACCUUGUGAUAUGCAACGGUACGAAUCAUUUGAGAACCCCUUAGCAGGGUGUGACGCUCAGAGUUUUGGAUCUCAAGAAGACCGUGCCUCGUCUGGAAAUCCACAACAUGGAUCCGCUCUCUAUGACUUCACUGCUGGUGGUGAUGAUGAGUUAAGUUUAACGGCUGGUGAAGAGGUUGAAAUUGAGUACGAAGUGGAUGGCUGGUUCUAUGUGAAAAAGAAACGUCCAGGGAGGGAUGGUAAAAUGGCGGGGCUUGUCCCCGUACUUUAUGUUAAUCAAUCGUAAUUUCAUGCUGUGAUCUGACCAGAAAGUUCGAUUAGCGACCUUUCCAUGUGUCCCCGACAUUGCGACAUGCCUUGCGAGCUCUUCUCCCUCUCCAUUCUUUAUUUGUUGCACUUCCAGGAUGAUCUAUCAAUUGGUUCUGUAGCUACUGCAAUUGGCUUGAUCAUUGAAUUGCUGCAUCCACAUGUGAUGUGUGCUUUGUUAUUCUUCGUUUAUAGUAUGAUUGUUGUGACAACGAAGGUGUUAUCCAAUUAUUUCUUAUUGAGUUAGAUUUACAUGCUCUUUA